GGCAGGAGGAAUCAGCAGCAGCAGCAGCAGCAGCAGGACAAUGGUGUGUCUCCUCCAGCGCGGAUCCUAACGGACGCCGGCUGCUUUCCCACAAACUGCAACACAAGGAGGUGAAUGUCAAACAGCUCCAGGAUGCUGCUGUCCUCAUCCCUGCCGACCUGCUGCUCAUCAGGAGGUUUCUGAUUUGCCAAACAUGAUGAAGACUGAUCCCCCGUCCGCCACGGGGGGCAACGGGGCGCCGGGCGGGAGCAGUGGGGGGAACGGAAGCUCCAACCUGCGCAGUCCUUCACCCCACCGCAACGCGUACGAGGCCGGGUUGGCGGCGCUGAAGAAGGCGACCGACCACCUCAACAAUGCCGCCAACGGAGCCCCCGCCCCUUCCUCCAAGCCCGCUCUUCUGCCCCGCCCAACCGGGAGGGGCCGGAGAUAUGGAUCGAACGUGCACCGCAUCAAGAACAUGUUCAUGCAGAUGCAGUCGCCUGGUGACGAGGAGGACGGAGCCAAAGUGAUCGGGAAAGACCAGGAGGUUAAACUGUCUCUCCCAAGAGUAUCCAGCCUCAACGAGAACGUGGACCACAGUGCUCUGCUCAAGUUAGGUGGGACGGUGUCGGAGAGAGUCAACCGGUUUGACACUAAAGGAAGCGGAGAGGACGGAUGCGCUGCCACAGGUUUAUCCAAACUGCAGGAGACCAGAAGGAUGUUCGAGCAGCGGACUCUCCAGGAGAAGCAAGCGGCGACAAACCGGAUCUUACUGAAGAAGGAGCGGGCUUCAGGCUUCCAGGACAGCCGUCUAGACGUUGUGGCUCGCUUUAAUGGCUCCACAGAGGCUCUGGACCGACUGGACGACCCUCCUGCCCCGGCUCCUGCCCCUACUCCUGCUCCGGCUCCAGCUCUGGCUCCGGCUACCAUUCCUGCUCCUGCAGCUCCAGCUGGGCCCGGCGAGGCUGUCAGCCCCACCGUGAGCCAACUCAGUGCCGCGUUCGAGAAGGGCGAACUGCAAAACAAUCUCUACCUCCCCAAGCGUCGGUCAGCCCCUGCCCUGGCACCAAAGCCCAAACCACCGGCCAGAACGGAGGCUGUCGGCAAGAAGGCAAAGGUGUUGCCUCCAGGUAAGGAGGCUCAUGAGGAGGAGACAGCAGGAGAGGCCACAGACCUACAAGAAGAGACUGGUUCUCUGCCGAGGAGCACAGAAGGAGUGGUGGCCAGUGAGGAGAGGGAUGGGUUCGGACAGUCAGGAGACCAGCUCUCUAACUCCUCCUACUCCUCAUCGUCCUCAGUGGCCGUCACUUCCUCCUCUUCCUCUUCAGAGGCCAAACCGGAGUUGGAGGCCCAGCCCACAACAACCGAAGCCAGAGGCUCAAGUACAGUGGCCGAUCCAGACCAGGAGCUGCACGGUGACGAGCAGGACGGCUCCACCAGCGGCUCUGACGUCGCAGCCAGGCUGGUGCAGGCAGACGUUCAUGCCUCUUUGGAAAAUGGAGAAAAAGAGCCCCCGGGUUCCUCCCCCUCCUUAGAAGAGAAAGGAGUGGACUAUGAGAGGAGGGACGAGGAGGAAGAGGAGGAGGAUAAUGAUGACGACGGCUCGAGAAAGGAGGAUUAUUCCGAGGGGGAUCCGGUGGAAAUCAGUGCGUACAGUGGGCUCGGAGAGGAGGACUCUGGGGGCAGCCAACUGGACGAUGAGGAGGACGAAGAAGACGAUGAGGAGGAGUAUCAGCCAGAAAGCAGCUGCUCUGAGAUCAUUGGCCUCCCUGAAGAGGAGGAGCCUGUGCCACCCAACAGGAAGAUUCAAUUUAGCACUGAGCCAAUCAAGGUCUUCACCACCUACUCUAACGAGGACUAUGAUCGACGUAACGACGAUGUGGACCCGAUGGCAGCCUCGGCCGAGUACGAGUUGGAGAAGAGAGUCGAGAAGCUUGACCUGUUUCCUGUUGAGCUGGAGAAAGACAGCGAUGGCCUGGGUAUCAGUAUCAUAGGAAUGGGUGCAGGAGCUGAUAUGGGUCUGGAGAAACUGGGGAUCUUUGUGAAGACGGUCACUGAAGGUGGAGCUGCGCAGCGAGACGGCAGGAUCCAGGUGAAUGAUCUGAUAGUGGAGGUUGAUGGGACCAGCCUGGUCGGCGUCACUCAGACCUUCGCUGCCUCCGUCCUCCGCAACACCACUGGCACUGUCAGGUUCAUGAUCGGCCGGGAGAAGCCGGGCGAGCAGAGUGAAGUGGCUCAGCUGAUCCAGCAGACUCUGGAGCAGGAGCGGUGGCAGAGAGAGAUGAUGGAGCAGAGAUACAAGCAGUACAUGGACGAUGAUGAAGAGACCGGUGAUUAUGCGACAGACGAGGACGAGGAGAUGAGUCCCGUGUUUCCAAACUCCAUUGAGGUUUUCGACCUGGCGGAGAACCAGGACAUGAUGUCUCCCGUGGAGCUGGACCCGGAGAAGCUGGCCCACAAAUUCAAGGAGCUCCAGAUUAAACAUGCAGUAACCCAGGCUGAGAUCCAGCUGCUGAAGAGAAAGCUGGCUCACGCAGAGCAGGAUAAGUUGCGUUGGAGGAUGGAGCGCGCUCAGCUGGAGCAAAACAUCCGGGACAGUAAAGAGAGGAUGGAGAAACUGGAGGGAUACUGGAUUGAGGCACAGUCGCUUUGUAAGGCAGUGGACGAACACCUCAAGGAAACCCAGGCUCAGUACCAAACCCUAGAGAGGAAAUACAGCAAAGCCAAGAGACUGAUCAAAGAGUACCAGCAGAAGGAGAUCGAGUACCUGAAGAAGGAGACAGCUCAGCGUCGGGCACAAGAAGAAAGUGAAGCAACACACAAAGACGAGACUGACAACCUGCAGGAAAAGAUUUCGGACUUGGAGACCAAAGUGGACGCCCUGAAGGUUCCCAAUCCAUCCUAGUCUGCUGCUACUCACUACCUCCUGUCUGUGACUGGAAGAGGAGGAUCUCUGCCUUCGCCCUGACUGGGGUUGUGUUUUAUUUCAAUCAACGACAACAUUUACUGCACACAAAACAACAACAGUCGUAAAAGAGAGGAACGAGGAAGGAAACCACCUCACAUCUAACAUCUUCCAGCAGCUGAGCUUCAUCUGUCGGUAAUCAAUCCCAGAAUGCACCUGUGAAAUACCCACAACUCUCCUUUUGUGUCUUCCUGGCAAAAUCGGCUUGGCAAUCAACACAUCACAUCACAUCCCAUUCAGCAGUCUUCUUUUCCACCUCAUUCAGAGUCUCUGACUUGGAUUCUAUUAUCGAGUGAAACGUUUGUUUUUUUUAAAGCGCUUUUAUUAAACCGGCUCGUCACAAAGUGCUUUACGUGACACGAGGGCAUGAAUGCAGGACAACAGCGAACAGCGGAACAACAAAGGUCAUUUGAGUUACAUGUUACCGUUGCUGAGCCGCCUCUUUUAUGUUUUUGGGAAAGGACUGGAUCCUCGUGACGAGGACGAGGACGUGAGGACGAGGACGUCGUCACGCGCUUGAAUCAAUAACUCAUAGGAAAAGUGGCCACUUCACCUUUUUAAGACUCGGCUAAAAUGCUGAAGUGGUGAAGAAUCCUGGUAGUAACGACCAACGGUGACGGAAAACUAACUUUGAAAAGGAAAUAGCCACCAAACCCCACCAUGAAAACUGGCCGGCAAAUUUUUUGAUCGGUGAUUUAAAAAAAACAAACAAACAACAACAACAACAAACAAACUGGGACAUAAAAGCUCGCCCGACCCAGCCUUUGUUUUCUCUUUUCCAAGUCUUAAACGCUUCUCAAGUGAUGGAAGGAGUCAGGCAUGAACGCGUGUUUCAGGUCUGAACUGGUGUUACACUGUUUGUACAUAUUCUAAACAUGUAUUUAAAAUUUGUUUUUAAAACGGCUCAAAGCAUUUAAGUGAGUCCGAUCGUGGCGCGUACGUCGGAGCGAUGAAUGAAUGAAUGAGUGGACGGUGGGAGGUUCAGUCCGUUUCAUCUCUUCUCUUCUCAACAGCAGCAUUUGUGCUUAUCGCGCUUCUAAUGGUGUAUAUGUGUCGUUUACUACAGUAUCUGUGGGUUUACAUACAAUCCAACAUCCUGUUUUUCAGGGUCCAGUCGUGGGUCUAUGACAGUAUUUUUGAGUUUGUGCAGGGAAACAUCACUUUUUUAGUUCUCAGAAAGUUGCUCUUAUCCAGGAUAUCUUAAAAAAAAAAGUAAAAAAAAAAAAA